GUGAGAGCUCUGGGGACAGCCGCACAGUGUGACUGUGCUUAACGCCCUGGACUCUGCGCUCAGACAGGGUGUUGUGCGUAUUUGACCUCAGUUAAAGCAAAACCAGAACAAUGUGACACUGCUUUCUCUGCGUCUAGGAAUCGCGUUUCUAAACGGUGGUGAUCAGUGGUGGCACAGAGCAGGCAGGGGCCAGGAUGGUCCCCAGCAAGGAGUCUCUGCCCCAAGAUCAAAAGUGUGGAAAAUGAGCAGCGCGGCUGGAAGGACCUCCUCCAGGGAGCCCCCCUGGAUUUGGCAUGCCCACUGCCCUCCCCUGUCCCCAGGUCUCCCGCUCCCCUGCACUUGGAAACCCCAGGAGUGGCCCAACAGUUCCGGGAGCCUGGGGCUGUCUUGGGACAGGGCUGGGUCAGGGCUGUAGGCUCCGCCCACCCAGGUGCACAGUCCAGACGGGACCUCUGCGUGGCAGACGUGGACACUGGGCCCCACCCAGAGCCCCGAGGAGGGUUGGGAAAGGGAACCCGCUGGGGUCAAGCAGGAGUCGAGGUUCUGGGCAGGGCUGGGCCUGGCUGGAUCCCAGCUGGACCCCAGGCUGGCUCCUGCUGAGGCCAGAGCCUGGACGCAGGGCGAGCAAGGCCCCACCCCAGGCUCAGUGAUCGCCACCCUGAAAGGAGAAGCUACACCCUCAGACCCGGGGCCCACAUCCGCCCCGUUUCCUGUUUUCCCCCGAAGUGUGCGGGAGAUGUGGGUCGAUACCCCCGAGAGGAAGGGGCAGGACCGUCGCGUGCCCGGUCCCCUGGGCCCCAAGCAUCCUCUUGCCUGAGUGGAGUCUGGACGAGGACCCAGCAUGGAGCCUGGGAGGCGCCGGUGGGAGAGUGGGCUCCCGUGGACAGGAGCGGGGACACCACAUCCCGUCCCUCCCCCUGCCCUGACAGGACUCGUUCCCAAGAUUCUCCCCUGUCCUGAGUGGCCCUCAGUGGACCGCAGGCUGUCUUCUCGGACACCCCAGAGGAGCCCAGGCGCUGUCCACAGCACCUCCCAACCCUCCACCCACACCUCAAACUGGCCUGUGGCCACCCCCCAACAGCCGCUGCCCAGGCUGCCCCUCCAAGGUCCUCCCGCCUGCUCCUCCCUGGCCACCCAGCCCCCAGCCCCUGUCAAGCGCAGGGUCCCUGCUGUCCUGAAGAGCACCAUCCAGAGGACAGUUCAGCCAGGUGCCUCUCUGCCAGUGGGGAGGCUGAUGUCCAGCUCCAGUGGACAGCCCAGCCUGGUCAGGCCUGGUGGGGGGUGGGGAGGUGGGCAUCUUCCCAUCCAAGAGACAUGGAGGUGGGUUGAGGGAAAAGGCCAUUCCUCCAUCAAGGAUCAGAGGACGUUUUACAAAUGAAGAGCACGUGAGAUGAAGGGCCAAGGGGUCCGUGUCAAUAGGAGGUUGGGUGGUAUAAUGGUUAGGGCUGCCCACACUGCCUGAGUUCAAAUCCCAGCUCUGUCAUUUAUGAACUGUGUGACCCUGGGCACGUUACUUAACCUCUCUGUGCUCUACAUCUUUUAACCAUAGGCAGCAUGGAUAACCAAAGUAUCAACUUCCCAGGUGGUUGUGAAAACCAAAUGUGUAAGGCACCAAGGUGCCAGGCCUGUGGUUCUGAUCUUGACUCUACCACUUCCUCCCCCAGAGUUGGAGGGCGAAGGCUGGCAUGGCUUUCACUCAGUUCUCUUACCUAAGAAAUGAAGAUAAUAAUAGCCCGGACUUCCCCCGGUUGCGGGGAGCCCCAGAAAAGACCAUGUGUGCACUGCGGUUAUCCAGGUGGUGAGCCCACAAGGUCUGUGACAAUAGAAGCCACCAGUGGGUCUAGCUGUCUCCGGCAGCUCCAGCCUCUCUCCACCGCUCUGGGCCACGCUGACUUCACGGAUUGGCACCCGCGCACCAAGGGGACAGGGACGCGCUACAGGCCUGAGUGAGGCUGUGGCUGUGAGGAGGUUGAACACAGACAGGUCCCAGAUUCUGUCCCGUGCCGAUGGCCAGAGCUCCAUGCUGCAUUAAAACCCAGGUCCCAGGCGGAGCUGUGACGGGCCGUGGAGGGACUACCUUGGCGGGCAGUGAGCGUCCCGUCACCAGGAAGAUCCCAGCAGGACUGCCAUGGCGGGACACGAAUACGCAGGGUUCUUGGAGCCCCCCAGGAGGCGAUGCUGCAGGCCGAGGCUGCCGCUCGUACUGUUGGGGAUGCUGACCGCAGUGCUGUGGGCUGGGCUGCUCACCCUGCUUCUGCUGUGGCACUGGGACACUGAGCGGAACCUGAGACAGCUGGAAGACUCUGCUGCCCGGAACGUCUCUCAAGUUUCCAAGGACCUGCACAGAUACCAGAGUGACCAAAUGGCCCAGAAGUCCCAGGCUGCUCAGCUGUCGCAGAACGUGAAGAGACUCCAGGCCCAGCAGAUGCAACUGGAAUCUCAGGACUCUGAGCUCUCCUGGAACCUGGACAGACUCCGAGCAGACCUGAGCGACAGCAAGUCCCAGAGCUUGAAUGAGAGGCGUGCCGCCUCCGACUCGUUGCAAAAGCUCCAGGAAGAGGUGGCCAAGCUGUGGAUGGAGAUACUGGUGUCCAAGGGCUCCACGUGCAACACGUGCCCCGAGGGGUGGCUCCAUUUCCGACAGAAGUGCUACUACUUUGGCCAGGGCGCCAAGCGCUGGGUCCAGGCCCGGUUCACCUGCGACGACCUGGAAGGGCGUCUGGUCAGCAUCCACAGCCAGGAGGAGCAGGACUUCCUGACCAAGCGUGCCAACAAGAAGGGCUCCUGGAUUGGCCUCCGGGACCUGGACUUGGAGGGGGAGUUUAUCUGGAUGGACGGGAGCCCCCUGGACUACAGCAACUGGAAUCUGGGGGAGCCCAACAACGGGGACCAGGGCGAGGACUGCGUGAUGAUGCUGGGCUCGGGCAAGUGGAACGACGCCUCCUGCCGCAGCGAGCUGGACGCCUGGGUGUGCGAGCAGCUGGCCACCUGCGGGCCACCCGCCCCCUCAGCCUCCGGGGAUGUGCUGGAACCUGUACCCACAGAAGGGCACUGACAGACCCCUGCCCACCUCCCCCCACCCGCACCUCGAUCACAGGAACAGCUGAGCCCAGAGUGGGACCCUAAGGACCCCCAGCAAGGCCUGGGUGCCACUUUGUAGCUAAAAGUUCCCUGUGACAUCCCUCCCCAAACUGGCCCAUCCCUGCUCCCGUCAGCGCCCCAGAGGGCCUUUCCCUUGCUUUUCAGCUAAACUGGUCAUCACCACUUCCCGCCUUCAAAGGCCCGGUGCCCCCAGAGCCUGUGCCGGCCGUUGGCAGGAUGGAAGACCCUCGCGGCGCUGGUACAGACUGGCAGCCCUGCCACCCCGGGCGCUGCGGGGGACACAGGGUCUCUCGCCUCAGACCACCCUGUGCUUCGUCUGUGACUCCCACCCCAUCAGGAGUGCCCUGUCCCCUCCCCGUCUUCAGCACCUUAGGACAGAGACCCCCAGCUCAGGCAGCCAGGCCUGCUGCCCGGCCUGCCUCGGUGGCCCCUGCUCUUGUCCCUGCCUCGGGACAGGCUGGAGCUGGUGCCCCAGGCCACCCAGCUGAGGCGCAGUUCGGGCCUCCCUGCCAACUCUCUCUCCCUUCACCACAAGAAAUGGGCGCUAGGUGAGGCCUGGAGAUGAAGACUGCGGGGUGCAACGGACCCUGGAAAUUUGUAGGUCAAGGCAGUGGACCCCCAGCCAAUCCCCCCACCCCAGGGCCCCAGAGGGAGGGCACAAUUGAGGCAGGGGCAGUGUCCAAACACGGCUGGUGCAGAGAAGGCGCUCACAGGAAAGCGCUCACAAAGUGCUCUCUGGAUAGGGGACAGGGGGGGGACCUGGUGACUCAGGCCAGUUCAGGUCUGGAAGGGCCCGGGAGGCUGAGGCAGCAGAAGGUGGACCCAGACUGACAAGGGUCAGCCAGUGCCAGGGACAGAGGGAGGAAGCAGGUCAGGAUCCCAGGUCAGGCCAAGGCUGGGGUCCCCUUGGCCUCGGCUUUUUCCCUGGAGACCCCUCCGCGUCUGCAGGAAAUGCCUCGUUCAGAACCCGCUUCCUUCUCACCCUGCCGCUGCCUUGGUCCUGCUCCACCUCACCCCCCACAUGGUCUGUUCCAGCUCCAAGUCUUCCCUGCUCUUUUUGAGACGGGGUCUGUGUGGCCGAGGCUAGCCCCAAACUCCUGGGUUCAAGUAAUCCUCCUGCCUCAGCCACCCGAGCAGCUGAAACUACAGGCACACGACACCACACCCUGCUCCAGUCUCCCUCUUCACUGUCCCCAAACCUUCCAUAAGUUUCCUGACAGCUCAGAGGAAAAAACAAAGUCCUUUAGGUUCCCUGUAUGAUGGCAGAAGCCCUCAUGCUCCCCCCCACCUGCCUCCCCGCUAUUCCCUGGAUAUGUGUGCUCGCCCACCUCAGGGACUUUGCAUGAGUUCCUCCUGCUCAAUCCUCCCUCCAAGUUUUUGCUCUCAGUGGGGUUUGUCCCAACUUCCCCACCCACCCAAUUUAAAAUCACAACCCCAGAAUGGGAGUGCAGCUCGGUGGUAGACGCACCUUACAUGUGCAAAGCCCUGGGCUCGUCCUCAGCACUGCAAAAUAAAUAAAUAAUAAAUAAAUAAAAUUGCACCCUGAUGUUUCUCCCACUCUCAAUUAGAAUGUGAGCUUCAGAAGGGCAGAUACCUUCAUUUCCUUCUAAGCCUUGUCUCCUGUGUCUGGCUUAUAAUAGAUGGCCAAUAAAUAUUUGUCUAAUAAAUAUGCAUGACCAUGGACAAA